AUGAAAAACGCAAAAACAACAUAUUCCUGUUUGAAUUUAGACACUACCGCCACUUCCUCUGUUGAGCCAUUGUGUCUUGCAUCAGCGGAGUCCACUCGAAGUGGUCUUGCCACCAUCCUGGAUAAAGUGAAACGUGUCUACUUCCAACAGCUUCACCCAGAGACGAUUCACGAGAUGAGUCCGAAAUCACCCGAAAAUAUCCGAAAGUAUUUUCAGCCUUACGAUCCCAGCCCAAAUGCUAUCAAGGGAAGAACUGAUGAAGCCAUGAAGUUAUAUCGAGAGCUAAAGGCUUUGAAAAUCAAUAAAAAGUUGUUGAAGCUGAGAGAGCGUAAGGCUGUUCAUAUGGCCAGUGCCAUUUUGUUGAAUAACUACGGCUGGAAUCCAUACAACCAGGAUUACUACGCUGGGGAAUGGCUUUUAGGACCAAACCUGCUCUGCUGGGAGCCUGUUUGUAACGUGUUUCCAAACCUAAAUGGCGUUUUGCCUCAUUUCAAACCAAAAAAUGUGGCCGAUUUAGAAACAUUGAAGGGACUUAUCGAAAAAUACAGUCUAAUAUUUGAUAGGUACGUGGAGAAUUGGAAACUUGGAGUCCGCACAGGAUAUGUAAGAACCUACAAAGCAUGUAAAGUGGGUGUACAUGUUCUCAAGAACCAAAAAUAUAAAGGAAUGGAAACAGAGCAAGGUUUGUAUCGGCUCACUACUUUGUAUCACCGAAACCACUGAAACAAAUAAUGCUGGGCCCGAUUACUAAUUCUAGUUUAGAAGAUAAGUCGUGACUACCCUUUGAGUCAGACUGGCACUGUCCAUUUUAUAUUUUACAUUUAUAGGUAAAAAAGUACCCUUCUAAAAUGAUGAUAAUAAAAAUGCUUCCUUUUUUCAUAUGCCCUCAGUCAGUAGAUCUAACUAAACGCUUUAGUUUGUAUUACUGCUCAGGAAUUCUCUUUGGGGAAUUGGUGUAUAUUUCGCAAAAGAAGUCCGUUGCGUUGAGUAAACAGCAAAAAUAUCACUUAAUGGUUUCCUUUUUCUCCCGCACAAGGAAUUUAUGAUCAGGAGUUUGCAAAGACUCUUCUGAAACCAGAAUUCUUCGAAAGUCUCACAAAGGCCAUGAAGGAUACUUGGACGGCAAAGUACCAGAACACUGUAGAGGAAUACUUCAAGCAGUCUAUACUGCAGAACAUCGGAAUACCUGUUACUCGUAUGAUAAGGUAAAGGUUACUAUGUACGGAUCUUCCGGCCCUAGGCCAUGCACACAACUUUCUUGAAAACUUUAAUUUGUUCUGUUAUGCUGCUGCGCUCUGCUCUAUACUCUUUCUAUUCUCCUCAUUCAGAGCACAUGUCUCAAUCCAUCUAUUGCAAAGCUGAAAUUAAUCGCGACUUGGUUACUCGUGUUUUUCUCGUCCUUCGUGCAGUUCGGUUUUUCAGUCGUCGCCAUUAGCUCCUUGGUAUAAUUUCCCUUGUCCUGAUUGGCUACUGUACCAAGUUACCUUUUCAGUUUUGUCUUUAAAACACUCACACGAAAUUCCCUCCCGGGGCUAAAAUAUGGUUUGUUUCAUCCACUUGUGAUCAACGAUGUUAAAUAGACACAUUUCGCUGUGUUUCUAAUUUACGCGAUAGUUACCUUGAGAAUGAAUACUUGUGUAACUGCCCCAAUCAAGAGGAAGUGUUGAGUGGCUUGGGUAAACUUCCACUCCGUUACUUCAUAAAGAAAGAGACUCUUCAAAAACUUCCCAACGGGCAGAGACUCAGCGGAGCCAGGACGUAUCAGAGGCUCAUGAGGUUCUUUACUACAAUGGACGUUUCUCCGGCGCAGCUCAGGACUAAAGCUGUAGGGAGGCUAUCCGAGCUGUAUAGAAAGGUAUGAAGGAAACGGGGCGGAGGGAGAGAGAGGAGUGGGACAUAUCUGGACAGACAAGCUGACGGACAGACUGGCUGAUUGACACACAGAUGACUAAAAGCCUGACAUAGUGACAAACUGUAAGAAUGACAGACCGAUAGCCCGUAAAAGUCAUAGACUGAAAGAAUGAAAGACUGACAGUCUUACGGGUUGACAAAGUGAUGGAUUGAUACACUAAGCAAAAUGACAAAAUAAUCGGAGGGCAGACUAACAGACCGAAGGACUGACUACUUGACUGACCGACAGAUCGACAAACUUGUAAAUGGUCAACAGACCGUCGAACUCAAAGACUGACAGAAUGUCAGAUAGACAAACUCGAGAAUUCACAGACAGACAAACCAUCAGACCGACAUACUAACAAAACGACUCCGUGGCUGACAAAAUGAUAGAUUGACAGUUUAAAAUUUCAUACUGGCAGACUGAUGGAUUGAAAACCAGAUUGAUCAACGAUGUUACAUAGACACAUUAAUAUAUCAGAUUUUAUAAAUUGACAGCACUGACUAAACGGCCAAUGAGAAUUACUUGACUCAAUAAUUGAUAACUCCGUACCUGACCGAUUGCGGCCAUUUUCGUUCUUUCUGCAGGUUGUCAUUCUUGCGAAGUUGUACACCAAGGAACAGAAUAAGAAUACCGCGAUCAACAAGUUCAAAAAAGUGCUGCAGAAUCGUGAUCAGUGGUUCAAUAGCCAGCCGUUUCCUAGCAGCGAGAGUGGUGAGGACGCCUUCGUUAAGUGCCAUGACACAGCGAGUGCGCAGGUUCAUUGCCCCGAGAGGUGGAAAGCCUUGCAAUCGUGGAUUAAAAAUACUUACAGAGUGCGUACAGUAACUGUUUAUUUACCAUUUGACGGCUUAAGACGUAUGUAUUAACUAAGAAAUUUUCAUUUUUAUACGCCUGCGAAAAUUUUGUAAAGAUGAUACUGAAAGAUAGAGUGUUUUCUCUAACAUUUAUUGUCAAGGGUCCUGUGGAAGAUGAUAUUUGAACCGUGCAAUUUCUGGUGCACACACUACUUAAUUUAACUCUAAAAUAUCAUUUGCACGUUAUUUAGGAACUGAAGACUUUCCUCCAACAGUCGCUUAAUGCGUCAGGUGUCAAAAUUAUUUAUUCUUAUUUAUUAACCAUUAAAAUGAAAGGUACGUUGGCUCUCUCCAAGUCUGAGUCACCUGUUUCAUUUAAAGAGACAAGACGCGAUAAAAUCAAAUUGACAUUUUGUUUGACUGGAUACACUAAUACUUUAACAGAACAGUUCUUUACUUUCACCUUGUAAUAAUCAUUGCUAUUGCAGGUCAUGAAAACAAAAGUAAAGCCAGUCAUUGACACACUCUUUUAUAGUAGUGGUCGUAAGAAAACCGUCCCUGCCUGUUCCUUGGAGGUCACAGCAGAUUUCCAUCCUUUUGUCAGCUAUCAUGCCUACGGGGUCGGAUCCAAGGAUUGCACAUCAAAGAGCAAACAAUAUCUGCCAUUUUUCAUGGACAAGUUUGGUCCAAAAUGGACGGAAUAUACCACAACAGCUCACGAACAGCUUCCUGGACACCAACUGGAGGUUGGUGAAGUUCAGUUGGUGAUUUGAGUAAAUCUUUCAACAAAGUCUCUACCUUUUUUCUUUUAGAAAGAUAAGAUACACGACAUGCCAAAUUAAUUCUGUCCAGGUAAAAUUUUUUUGACUAGACGCAUACCUGAGUGUACUCAGACGCUGGUAAUGGUGAAAUCUAGGCGCCGUUUUCAUAGUAAACUACAUUUAUUUCAUGUCUAAAUUUGAUUUGCAUGCUUUUUCGCGUUUUUUUUUUCAAAAUUGAGAUAAAACAAAACAUCUGUUUGAAGAGGAAAGAGAUGACUGAUAUCAACAUUGAUCUCAACUGCCUAAAAUCGAUAGGUUCAGAGCUAUGUCGAGUAUUUUGAAGACAGCUGCGAAGAUGCCAUUCAUUGGCUGGGAACCUUCAACUACUUCCCAGGAUUCACCGAAGGGUGGACAACUUACAUUGAGUACGAGCUGCUGCCUCAAGACUCCAAUCUUUAUUCAGAUACUUCAAACAAGGAGGUGUUGCUACAGAAGUACGGCAUGAUCUACUACCAGGUAAUUAUGAAAACCCAGAAAGAGAAGUUCAUAAAUGAAGGGAGCUAAGCAAGAUUCAGCAAAGUUGUGCCUCUAAGUUUGGAGGACUCUGAAGUCAGUCUUCCUGAGAAAUAUUGAAAACUUUGAAUUGAGAAGGUGAAUCCGAGCCAUGAGAUCAGCUUAUUUCCCUACCAUGGUUUCAGACAUAUCUUUGAGAGAGAUAUCUUUGCUCAUUCGUUAAGUUCCCAUGCUCUAUUCAAGAACUCUCUUACUCCGUCAAGAUCUCCCUGGCCCGGCGUACUAACUCGAACAUCUUAACACGGGAAAUAUUCUAUUUACAUUCCGUUAAAAAAAAAAGUUUAUGGGGCGUUUCUUUCGUUUGUCAACAGAUUUUAGCCGCCCUUCGCAUUAUUGUUGACAUCGAUCUAAACUAUUACGACAAGACAACUUCUGAUGCGCUGUAUCUGUACAAGCUGUACGCCUGGGAAGACAAUACAGAUCUAGCACAAAAAGAUAUCUUGAGAUCACAAGCCCUACCAGGAUUUGUAGCCAGCUAUGUGUUUGGUCAAAUGGAAAUCUCCCGUGUCAGGGGCAUGGCCGAGAGAGGACUGGGGCGAGAUUUCAACUUGAAAGAUUUUCAUUACGAGGUGUUACGCCAGGGAGAAUAUCCCUUAGGGUACUUAGAGGAACACAUACGGGCUUAUAUUGCUUUUAAGAAAAACCCCGAUCGCGAUGAAUGUAAAGAGUUUUAGAAGACUAAGAUAUUGUGUUCAAAGCGCAGUUCUGAUUGAAUAGGAAUAAACAGCUAAAGGGCCUCAUUAGGUCUAGUUUCAAUUUAUUAAAGGCCUCUGACUAAAUUAAUUUAAUUCGUCAUUAUCUUUGGAGGUUCAGAGUCACUGAGUAAUUCCAGAAAACCUUUGAUAAUCUUCUACUUUUUGGAAACAUACGGUUAUUCCCCCAAGCUUACUGAAGGCCAAGAAACCAACAUACCCCUGCCUUGAGGCACUGGCAAAAAAAGGUUCGCACUAUUUUCUGUGCUGAAUUAAAUUCUCCAGAGAGAUAAUUCUUUUGUUAAUUUUGAGACAGAACAAAACAUGAUACUGGGAGAAAAAAAAAAUUUCAAAGUUUGCGUGAGAAAAAGAUUAACACGCCAAAUUACAACCUGCGAAUAAUCUGAGUCUUAAAGAUUGACAUUGGAAUUCUCCAACUGUUCAAGGUCUUUAAUUUCACACGCACGAAUGCAUUUUGUCAUCUGAAAAUGCUCUCAAGAAGCCUUUUUCCUAGCGAAAUCAUCCCUCAUAAAGUUCUAUGAAAGCUGCAAACAAUAAAGUCGAAAAAGAAAUGAAAAUUUGCUGGCUGUAGACAUGUUGUCAGAAUAUCUUCUGCUCAACGUGAGAAUAUAUUCUUACUAAACAUAAACAUUUUCCUUUUGAUCGACGUCACUUUUCAAAUGAAGUUAUAAAAAUCAUUGUGAAUUUGAUUGACAAAGCCGUGAUGAAUUUUGAGAAAUUGAAGUAACGAACUUUUGGAGCCUGGAAGGAUCGACAUAAAUGGUUUCCCACUGAGUAACGCGCAGGUGUCAGUUGUUCAUAUGAAUAAAAGAUACCAAAUAUGGCAAUUAUGGAAAUUCUUUCUCGAGUGGGCGAGGUUUGUGACUUCACUUAAUCUUAUAAUCCACAAUAGGCGAAAGAAGAAUAAAGUUGACUCCAUGGUAUCUGGCUGGUGGCAAAGCAUAUUCUACAGUUGAAAUAUUUUGGGACAUUUGGAGCCGCUCGUAUUGAAAGGUCAGUACAAGGUAAGGUGCCAUUGACUUUAAUUUUGGUUAAGUAGUUUUUUGCGUCACCUUUUUAAGCAUUUAAGUACCGAAUAAACUAUCUCCUUAAGUGCGAAUUGUUACACUAAGAACGGACAGUUUCUAAAAUCAUUCUAGACGUGACUGAAGUUGAGACGUAUGGGGUUCAUGGGGAAAUGAUGGACAGUAACUGUCAAAAGAACGACGUUUUGUAUUGAUCCUAAAUCAAUUGUAAUGCGCUUUAUUGCAAAUGUGUAAAAGACAUAUAAAUAGCACUUACCACAAUGCUGAUGCGUUUCUAACAAAUUCGUAAUUUUCUUUCAAUUUACAGAUGAGGCUGACGAUGCAGCUUUUUCGCUUCCUUGGCUCAGCGAUUCUCCUCCUCGCUGUUUUGAAAGGUACAAUUCAACCUUUAUUAAGCAGUCACUCUCAGUAAACAGCCAGAUGAUCAUUCAAUUGCAGCUGCCUGAUUAACAGAGGUUCACCAUAAUUUAAAGAGGCAAAAAGUCAUCUCGCAACAAAAUUAACAGGACAACUUACAAAUUUUUUGCCAAAAAUUACAAUAACUCGAGAUACAUCAAAGGUAACGAACAAGGAAUGAUCGCUAAAUAAGCAGACCAGUAAUUUUCUCCUUUUCGGCCUUUUAAUAGAGGAGAAUUACGACAGAAUCAAAUAUUUGUGUUAUCCAAAAGGAUGACCACUUCAAGGAGAGACCCUUUGAAUGUAUAUGGAAAGGAUUUUUUUAAACGACCACAGGUCAAAGUUAUAGUUUUGUUAUACGGACUUAUCACUCAGAUGCAUUUACCACUUGUUGCAAAGCAGGUGAACCAUUGAUGUUAAAGAUAAUGAAUAAGGGCUGACUAUAGAAAUGAAGGGUGUAACGUGGCAAUCGCUAUGCUCAGGGAGCAUUUUGCCUUAGUUCCUCUGAGAUGAUCCUCUUUUAUACCAAAACUUCUAAAACAUAUCUGAAUAUUUAAAAAUAAAAGUGUUUUCACCAUGAUUGUUUUCUUUCAUAGCAUCAUUCGCUCUUCGAUUUCCUCCGCAAAAAGUACAUGACAGCGAUGGUAAGGUGACAGUCUUUUUGGACACUUCUUAUGUAAUAAACUUUAAAUAUUCUCAAAGAUGCAAAUGAACACUUGGCGUGCAUGUAUGCCGAUGAGGAUGGCUAGUGAUUCCAUUGAUUAUUUUUAACUUAGUAUCCACAGUAAAAGCUGGAGUGACAGUGUUAUGUCGGGAAGAGCCCUGGAAAUGGAGUUACGAAUUCUUCCCUCUUUCUCAAAUCUAAACAUCCCGUAUAAUCUUUAUUGUUUGCUGAAGCUGCUUAUAUAGUUUUAUCAGCAUGAAUAAUUCCAUUUCUUGGAUAUACUACCGAUGUGAUUCUUCUGUUUUCUCCAGAAACUUCUUCAGACGCGUCCUUAUGUCAGUCAUCAGCUGAGGCCACGCGCUCCCAACUCACAGAAUUGUUAGCCGAGAUACAACAAACCUUUUUCUAUCAGCUUCACCCAGAGCAUAUUGCCAGGAUGGCUGAGGCAACACCCGAACUAAUCAGAGAGCAUUUCCAACCCUUCGAUCCAAGUCCGGAUGCCAUUAAACGCAGAACCGACAAGGCCUUGGAACUACGUCGGAGACUCAACACUUUGCAAAUCGACACAAAGAAGUUAAAACUGAGAGAGCGUAAAGCUAUUCAUGUGGCUAGUGAUGUUCUGUUAGCCCAGGGAUGGGAUCCGUACGGCAUGAAUUAUUACUCUGGAGAUUGGCUUUUGGGACCGAACUUAUUUUGCUGGCAACCUGUUUGUCAGGUGUUCGGAAAUUUGAACAGUGUUUUUUCUCACUUUAAACCGGACAAUAUGGACAAGUUAGAGAGACUGAAGACCCUUUUCGAGCAGUACCAUCAGGUAUUUGAAAGAUACGUGGAGAACUGGAAACUUGGAGCGCGUUCAGGGUAUCUGAGGCCUUUUAAAGCUUGUAAAGCGGCCGUAUUCGCUGUGAAAUACAAGAAAUAUAGAGAAAUGGCGAUAAAUGGUGAAUCAGGUUAGUGAAAAGUCACUUCAUGAUUAUCUUUUAUAAGAAAAGCAAACCAUUUCCUUAUAAUGCCAGCGCUAGAUCUUUUUCGAAAUUACCAAUGUUCUAAACAAAUUGGAAUAAACAAUGGCUCAUAAAGAACUACUACUUUGAAUUUGUGUUCUUUGCACCGCCACCCCAGCUAAGUAAUGUACCUCUCGUUUCAUAUAGACUCGUUACAGGUACUGUUGAGCUGACUAACGAGCAAGUCGUUAAGAUUUUCUUUUCCCACAAACCCACAGUCAUUGACACAGUUCUUGAUUGCAUAAUCGAUUCUUAGUUAGAGAACUGAAUCCCUCUAAAAGUUAUCAUCCGUCAAGAAUUCUGGUUGUUGCACUUCAUACUGAUCAAUCUUCUUUAAAUUUUUCUCCUCUGAAAGGAAUAUACAAGCAACCGUUUGCCAACACUCUUUUAAAUUCUGGCUUCUUCGCCAGCCUCUCCAAGUCUGUAAACGAUACUUGGGAGGAGAAAUACCAAGAGAAUGUCAAGGAGUUUUUCAAACAGUCUCUUGAAAACAACAUCGCAAAGCCCGUUGUAAGAAUGCUAAGGUACCUGACGACAUGUUUUUACGCUUGUUACAUAUUGGAAACAAUUUAUAACAAAUCCAAUAUCAUGGUUUUUUCAUGAAAUAUAUUUCUUUGCACCUGCGAAUGAAAACCAAGCGAAAAUAUGAGCCGCAAUUUAAGCAACUGACAGAAAAGAGGCCUGAAAAAAAAUUCGGGCUCCGACGGGAUUUGAGCCCGUACUUCCCAGGUACUAGUUGGGGAACUUCUACAACUGAGCUACAAAGCCAUACAGAUUCCUUUACGGCAAAGAAAAAACCCUUUCAUGAUUCAUGGCAGGCGCGGGUUCGAAUCCCGCCUAGGCCCGAAUUUUUUAUUGAUUUUUUUUAAUUUGAGCCCUUAUGGAGAUCUUUUCUUUGCUUGAAAGCCAUUUUCAAAAAAAAAAAAAUGUUCGAAGUGGUAUAUCCGAAGAGUCAGAAUAUUUUUGUGACUUCAUUUCAUUUCUUCGGAAAACAGAAAGAAUCUUUACAAGAGACCAGAGUGAUGUGCAUUCCAUUUUUGUUGCGCUGUUGAGACUUUGGCUUGAAUGACAAACUUCGGUGUUGGUUGUCGAAUGGUCUUCAUCAAAAUGUAGGGAGCUCGUAGCCUGGAAGGCCUUAAAAUAAGUUAAUUAAAAAGCACUUUAAAACACGCUUGCCCCAUCAGCGAAGCUGACUUCUACAAGAGGCACGUGGUUACAGAUAUUUUAGGUAAGGUAAUGCUGAUAAUAUUGCUUUGCUGAAAAUUUUACUCGAUAGAUAUCUUGAAGAUGAGUACUUGUGCAACUGCCCUAAUCAGGAGCAUCUCUUGAGUGGCCUUGGAAAGCUUCCGCUCGAACACAAUAGGAACCAGAAGACUCUUCCUAAACUCCCCACCGGGGAGACACUGAGUGGUCCAGAGACAUAUAGAAAGAUCAUGAGGUUCUUCACAUCAAGGGAGAUUACACCAAGCAGCCUCAGGGAAAAAGCUUUCAGAAGGUUAAACGAGAUGUAUACACAGGUUAGAGGAACGAAAAUCAAUGAUUCUUAAAGGAUAGUAUCAAAAGAAUAGAUAAUGCUAUUUUCAGAAUAGCACUUUUGAAUGAGUUUUCUUCUUUUAAAGUUUAUUCACUGACUGAGCAAUUGAGUGAUCGACUAAACGACUGACUAUAGGUAGGACGGACUGAUUGUCUGACUGACCGACUGUUUGGCUCACUGACUGACUUACUGACAGAUUAUCAGACUGACUGACUAAUGGACUGACUAACUGACUAACAAACUAUCUAACUGUCUGACCAUCUGAUGGAUGGACUGACUGUCUGACUGAGUGAGAGAGUGACUGACAAACUACCUGACUGUCUGACUGAUGGACUGACUGACUGACUGAUUGAGCGGUUGGCUGCAUGACUAACUGCAGGCAUGGCUGACUGAUUUGCUGACUGAAUAUCUGACUGACUGACUGGUUGGCCGGCUGACUGACCGACUGGUUGGCCGACUGACUGAUUAACUGGUUGGCUGACUGACUGACUGACUGGUUGGCUGACUGACUGACUGACUGACUGGCUGACUGACUGACUGAUUGACUGACUGACUGACUGACUGACUGACUGACUGACUGACUGACUGACUGACUGACUGACUGACUGACUGACUGACUGACUGACUGAUUGGCUGACUGACUGACUGACUGACUGGUUGGCUGACUGACUGGCUGACUGGUUGGUUGACUGACUGACUGGUUGGCUGGCUGACUGACUGACUGACUGACUGGUUGGCUGACUGACUGACUGACUGGUUGGCUGACUGACUGACUGACUGACUGACUGGUUAGCUGACUGACUGACUGACUGACUGGUUGGCUGACUGACUGACGGACUGACCAACUGACCGACUGAGAAACCAUCUGACUGCCUGACUAACUGACAGACCGACUGAUGGACUCACUGAGCCGCGCCCGAGUUGCUAUGUCGAGUGAAUUGAUGAAUGAUUUUAUCAUGUAGAAGGUUACCAUCAAUCAGUAGAAAGCAUCAUGACAUGUUGCAUACAAUAAUAAAAAAAACACUUUUUUAAUUUCCACAGGCUGUUGAUGUGGCCAAGCUGUAUACUGAAGAACAACAAGAGCACGUCGCUGUCGAUAAGUUCAAAGAAAUUCUCGGAAAUUCUAACAUGUGGUUUAACAGUAGGACUUUUCCUACCAGCGAGAGCGACGAAGAUGCUUUUAUAAAGUGUAGUGACUCAGAAAGUGCGGAGGAAUUCUGCCCCAAGCGCUGGGAAGCUAUGCAAAAAUGGAUGGAGAACACCAAAGACGUACGUAAUGAAAAACCAAUAAAUUCCUCCCUGGCCAGAAAAUAUCCUAUCUAUCUAACUUGGUAUAGACCAGUACAUCCGUUGGAACAAAUUUAUCCACUUUUGGUUCACGAGGCCAGUUUUUUCGCUAUGAGAUUUUUUGACUUGCGCCUUUUUCCAACUGUGUCAAGGGUAAAAAGCUAAAAUUUCAAACUUGAAUCCUAAGAAUUACCUGAUCAUUAUUCAUAUUUCGGAAAGAAAUCUGUUAAACAAGGAAUGCUACUGUCCCACGCUCGUGUAGGGUUCGUGCGAGCAGGCUACUCGAAAUGUGAUCACCACAACAAAGCGUGAAUGGGCAACAUGGCUCAUCAAAAAGUCGUGGCCACUUAGCUUAAGUAACCAUAAACGACCUGGGCCCAGUGGUAGAAAGGACGGUUAAUGCUAUAUAUCCAACGGAUAAAUCGCUAUCCAGCGGAUAAGUGAUGGCAAAACGUGUAGCGUCAUCCGCCGGAUAGAGAUUUAUCAUGGCUGUGGAUAGCGUUAUCUGACCUUCGAACAACCAGGGCCUGGAAUAGAUUCUAGGAUAUGCUCUAGACCUGUAACUGCCUUUAUAUUGCAGACCAUGACGAACCACAUCACACCAGUCCUCGCAGCCAACUUUCACAGCAGUGGGCCUAAGAAAACCAUUCCUGUUUGUGGGGUAGACCUUUAUGCAUCGUUCCAGCCUUAUGCUAGUUAUCAUUCUUACGGUAUAGGAGCAAAAGACUGCUCAUAUAAAGGAAGCCAGGCGCUACCGUUUUUCAUGGACCGAUUUGGCCCAAAAUGGACGGAAUAUACCACCACAGCUCAUGAGCAAAUGCCCGGGCAUCAUUUGGAGGUUAGUGACUUUCGUUGAAUCUUGACGGUGUUAUGUUUAACUUUGUUUGGUGAAUAGUUAGGCAAAUCUCAAGAAGCAUCGAAACACCAGUGCUGGUGAAAUUAGAAGACAGAGGAGAGAAAUGUGAUUCUCGAAUUGAAAACCCAUGUUCAGCUGUUUCCGCUUUCUGAGGCCUUUACACCGUGGCUAUAGCUAGAAGACGCUUCACGGGUUUACACAACAAAGGAACUUCGAUAGUUGCACUAAUUAAGGUGGCUUACUCUUACUUGUAAUGAUGCGAAGUAAACUACGGUCAUCAGACCAAUUGGUUAGUAAAAGAAAGUUAAGCGCAUAUUGGGCUAGGUUGUUAGCCGCUGUUCGGGAAUAUGAGCCCGCGCUAAUGUUACACUAUUUACCUUUGCAGGUUCAGAGUUACACGGAAUAUUUUCAGGACAGUUGCAAAGAUCCUAUUCACUGGUUGGGAGCCUACAAUUAUUUUCCAGGGUUUACCGAAGGCUGGACGACUUACACUGAGUACCAACUGCUGCCUCAAGACACGAACCUUUAUUCAGACACUUCCAACAAGGAGGUGUUGCUACAGAAAUACGGCAUGAUCUACUACCAGGUAAUUAUGUGCAAACGAAACAAGAGGCUGUAAAGCGAGGUGCUGCAAAAAUCGAUGUCAUUUUGUAAAGCCAAAUAAUAUGUGUAAACGCUCAGAUCAAUCGUUGAUAUUUCUUGUAAGUACACGAGGGACGAGAAAGGCGAGGUACCUGUUAGCUUUUUUUCUAGGUUCGCAUUAAGGCUGAAGUAAAUUGUGAGAAGGAGAGACCAAUGGGGUAUGAGUUUCACCUGCAAAGGUUGAUUGUCAUUCGGACACAGACAUAUGCAUAAGAUCGACCACACAAGCCAACGUAUAGCCUGUUCCAAGCGUGCAGCUAGUAAAACGGAGCAAAAUAGAAAACAGCGACAGAGUGAAGAAGAGGGGGGUUCGGGCGACCCGACCCAGACCUCUAUCUUUUUUUCACUCCUUCGCUACUGGAUCCUACUAUCGCACCGUUUAUUGUUACACUUCGUUUUACUAAUUGAAAGCCCGGAGCAGGUUAGCUAACGGAAUAACACUUGGAUCAUUAUUUUAUUUGUCGUUUACGAUAGCUUCCAAUUAAAAUGUUAGUGAUUCUACACCUCUCUGCACCAAAUGAUUGGCAAAGUCUCGUUAGGUCGCUACAAUUUUUAUUUGUUAUUAAUAAAAUACUUUGUUGUUUUAUUGCACAGCUCUUAGCCGCUCUGCGCGCUGUUGUAGACAUUGACCUAAACUAUUAUCAGAAGUCAGCAUUCGAUGCCCUCCGUAUGUACAAACAGUAUGUCUGGGAGGACAACACGGACCAGGCAAAGAAAGAUAUCAUAAGGUCAGAAGGUUUGCCGGGACAGGUAGCCAGCUACGUGUCUGGUCAACUGGAAAUCUCUCGCCUCAGGAGUUUAGCCGAGAGGGAGCUGGGUCAAGAUUUCGAUCUGAAGGAUUUUCAUUACGAGGUAUUACGUCAAGGGGAGAUACCGUUGAGAUACUUGGAUGAGCACAUAAAAGCUUAUAUCGCCUGUAAGAAAAAUCCGUCUCUCGAGGAAUGUGGAGAAUUUUAA